UUGUGUUUGAUUGAUUGUGUCUUUUUUUACAUUACCACGGGGUCUACAUUUAUACCCUUUCCAAAAAGAGUUACAACCAGACACAACUAGGAUUCUACUUCCAAACUAGACGAAGUCCGCAUACAAAACAGACUCUAACUAUCGAAAACAUUAAUUUAUUCAUCCUAGGCGGUCGGUGCACCGUCAUCCUUUUCUCUUCAUGUCCCACACCUCCUUCUACUAUCAUCGGCAAACUAACUUCCAUCCGCAUCGGCAACCAUUAAUAUCGGCCACCGGCACAGAUUAACAAUCAUCCCUGUACUUGGCCACAUCCAGCUGUUUCGUUAUCGGCAAUAUAACCCAUCGGCAACUCCUCUGAUAACCAGUCACCAUUCUUUUCGCCUGGCGAUCUUCAUCUCAUUAACUCCCAGAUACGUGUCCAGAGAUACGUGUCCAAAAACGGUGUCAACACAUGCCCUCCAAAUUCAGAGUAUAAAAUUAUUAAUGCUUCGAAAUUCUCCUCAGUAAUGAUGCCUUUCCGCAAUUACUCCUCUCUGACCACAAUUAAUUAUCAAAUCCAAACAACCUUAGUCUGGAUCCCUAGCAUGCACCCCGAAUCCUUCAACCUUUCAAGCCGAACCACCCAAACAUCCGUUCAUCAGCAAUUUUUUCUGUUAGAAUAGACUGCCGAUGAACCCACUAGGAGAUCUUGUACAGUAAAAUAUCUUCAAAAUUAUGACCGCUAGCUGUCAAAUCACCUGCACAAUCCGUUGACUACCGUGCGAGCAGUUACCAUAUCCACCUGAACACCCUCGCGUUUUACGGAUACGGCAGAGAGAUAUGUCAGAAUUGCCCAUGCUCACUUUACCCUAUAAAUACUUCCUUCCUUGGUACUCUUCCUCCACCUUGUCAAUCUAGAUCUUCCAAACCCAUCUUUCCGGCGGCGGCAUCGUUGGAGAACCCAAGAACUCCAGCAAGGAUAUUCCCCAACAGUUCUUCAAAUCUUCGAUCUUCCUCCUCUUUGAGAAGAAAUGGCCGUCAACUUCACCGUUCCUGAAGUCAAUUCUAUUCCACCUCCUUUUUCUUUUACCGUACUUUUAUCUUAUGCAAAUCUAUUUACUUAGCACUUUCUUUCUUUCUUUUCCCUUUUUUUGUUCUUCCAACCUUCAAACCUUUAGGAACUGGCCGAGAAAAUUGUUAUUCCCACCGAACAACCCCACUUUCAAUGUCUCGGGCCGUUGGGUAAUCCGGAUCCUACCGAUCUGAUCAAUGCGGAAACAAAUAGGAUCCCCUUUAGAGCUGAGAAUUUCUCCUUAGAUCUAUGGAAAGACACCUUCUGAUCUUGGCCUAGUUCUACUAAGGGAUGGAAGGAUUGGUUCUUGAGAGUUAGCAAUUCAAAUGAAGUCCGAUGGGGUGAGCGUAAAUUAGACCAGUGUAUCAGGCUAUCCAUUGCCGAUAUGGAAAGAAAUGAAUCACUACUGAUAGCAGCCUCGUAUUUCUAGUCAGACACCCUCAAUGCUUUCUUGUUUGGUCAUGGCCCUGCUUCUCCUACCCUUGCCGAUGUACUUAUGCUCACUGGUCUAGAAAUAGCAACUGCCGAUGAUAGUCACCUGUUCGAUAGCAAGCCCGAACGUAAAGUAGAAACUCGCAACAUCGGCGGUUGGUCAAGGUAUAUCCAGAAGUACCGGAAAACAGGACCAGUUGGGCAAAGGGAACACACCAUCUUUCUGAACAUGUGGCUAGAUAAAUUUGUCUUCAAUGGCCGAUCGGUAGGACCAACUUCUGAUUAUCUAUCGGCAGUAGUGAAACUAGCCAAUGGUGGUCGAUUCCCUCUUGGUCGAUACCUCCUAGGCUCUGUUUAUCACCUCCUUCAUCAAGUGGCUGAGAAACUUCUGUUAGGUCAACCCAUCGGCAAUCUAGGAGGUUUUUGGUGGUUCAUCAACAUGUGGCUCAAUGUUCACAUGCAUAAACGCCUUCGAUUCGAUCUCUUUGCACAACGGUUUCCUAGAGACAUUGCCAAAGAUUAUGAACUGGCUGAUGAAGAAUCGGCAACUCGCCCACCCCUAAAUUAUGAUGAGGCUGCUAUAGUCCUACCCGGCACUGGUGGUAAUGAAGACCAAGUUAGCCGAUUCUUCCAGACUUUGUAUGACGGUCUUCCCAAAGAUCAAUGGGCAUGGAUGCCUUAUGAAGAUCCACAAACUAGAUUCCCGCUGACCUUCCACCCUUUUGACGAUGCCCUCAACAAAGAUACCGACUUGAUGAUGGCAAUCAUCACUCAAAGGGCCAUCCCAGUGAAUACUUUCGGCAGUGGGAAGAACACUAACCCCACUUAUGAAUUUUACAACCCAUCGACACUAGCUCGUCAACUGGCUUUUGGCCAACUGCCGAUCAGACUCUGUUACGCCGAUGUGGUGAAGCCAAGGGAGACUAUAACCAGUGGACUUGAGUGGAUAAGGGUAGCCAUGCUUCAGCCAAAUGCCGAUACGACAAAUAUCGAUUUAUCGACUUGGAUCCCAGCCCUCUUCAUCACUCAGAUGUACAAACAGUGGUGGGAAGAAUGGAAGGAACACUUGUUCAGUACAUUGGCUCUGACAUACCGUGGCAUGAUCGAUCCCAACUAUAAGGUUCCCAAUAACACUGUCGACAACCCAGCACCGACAGUUAGCAGGAGCGGAAGACCGAUCGAACUCCUUCCAUCAGGUCCAAUCUCCUUGAUCGGUCACAACGCACCAAGUCUAGCAGCUUUGAUGCAUCGGAACGUGCGUUUUAAGAAGACAACCACCAAGCGGUCAAAGACGUCCCCAUCAAUUGGUGCUACCACUCUAGUGCAGGCUUUCAAGCAAACUGGCAAAUCGGCGAAGACUAGAAGUGCCCAAACAAGUGCCGAUGCCCCCCAGCCCAGCCAAGCCAAGAGAAAAGGCCCCAAAAGCACCAAAUCGCAGCCAAAACGCCAGAGGAUAGCACCAUCUCCUCCUCCUCUUCCAGCAUCAGUGAUCCAUGUGGAGUCAUCACCUUCUUCACCAGAAAUCCAGACACAGCAAGUACCGUCUCCUCCUCGACCAGCACCUCAGCCACAAGAAGCACCAACCGAUGUGCCUGGACAAAUUGCCGAUCCAACUAGCCUGAGCAUAUCAUCUGUUGUUCCCCAAGAACAAACAAGCACUACAUCCCCUCAAGUCGAUAUUAUCCCAUCGGCAACUUCAACCGAUCAGCCCAUAGUGCCGACUGUAUCUUCAAGCCAGAGACGCGAGAUUGCUCUAAAGCAAGAACAAGAUUCCCCAGACAGCCUAUUCUCCUUCGCCAUCGAUAUUUCCGAUGAUGAGGGUGAAGAGGCGAGCUCCUCUCAAGCAAUAGGGAUCUCAUCGAUAGAAAUCAAAGCCAAGCUAGAAGACCUGUUGGCUCUGUUGCAUCAAGAUACUGCCCAACUGGUUCAUGAUUCCGAUCCAGCCAAGGCUUUGUUUAAGACACUUCGUGGUCAAAUUCCAACUGAUGCCGAAGAGAUUCUUUUCCAAGCUGCUCAUCUAGAAAGCCGCCAGCUUCAAUACUAGAAAGCUACCCAUCGUCUUGCCGAUAGAGCCACUUAUGCCCAACUCACAGAGGAAGUAAUGCAAGUAAAGCGCAUUGCCGAUGAGAAACAUAAGAGCAUCAGCAUUCUGCAGUCCUCAGGGGAUCAACUGAAGCAGAAGAUUUCUGACCUAUCGUAAGAAGGGAAGUCCUAUUACCUGAGCUUAAACAAGUAGAAGAGGCCCUGACCCAAGCUCAGCAAGAAGAACCAGUUGCCUAAGAUAGUCAAGACUCUCCAACAAGAAUGAAACAUCCAAGCCCAUAAAGCAUUGCAGACGAAGAAGAAGCUGAAGCCAGUAGAUGGUUCUGCCGAUGAAGUUAUCCGAGAGAUAGAAGAGGCCAACCAGAUCCGUCUGCGCGCCAUAUCAACUAUUCAAGCCUUGCUGAAUCUAUGAGCUCUUCAUCGGCGAUUUAUUUCGUUCUGCCCUUAGAAACUUAUGAUUAUCCUAGUCCAGCCGAUAGGACUGUUAUCGGCACUUUUAAAACAUUAUGCAUGGUCUCAGAUACAUUUCAUCCAGCCGAUAGGAGUGUUAUCGGCACUUAAACUUCUAUGCAUCAUCCCAGAUG